AAAUAACGACGAACGAUUGAGCGGAUUCCAUUCUAGUCGCUCAGCACUCACUCAGUCUGACUGAGUGAGUUCGUUCAGUGAGUAGUGAGUAGUGACUGAAACAUGCAGCGGUCUUCUGUUCUAUCUCCCUCGCCCACUUCAUUCUCUCCGUUCUAUCCUCUCCCCAGUAGGCAAGCCGUCGAAGUUCUGUUCAGAAAUCGUUGCAGGAGCUCCACUAAGUCGUAUCCAUGGACAAAGCUACAAUCCAGUUGUUCCUUUUCUUAUCGAAAUACCAUUCCUGUUCAACGGAGCACUGCAAUUGAAGAAGCUGUUGAAACUAGCAGUGACGAAUCAAAAUUUAUUGAAAUUGGGUAUAUAUCCACUGUACAUGGGAUUCAGGGAGAGCUUCGUGUAAAACCCACCACUGAUUUCCCUGAAUUGCGGUUUGCAACGCCGGGAAGCAGAUGGUUGAGGGACCGAGUUUCUGGAAAAGAGAGAAUUCGAGAAGUUGAGCUGGUUGAGGGAAGAGGACACCAUGGACAGAAGGGAUGGAUUGUUAGUUUUGACGGAAUUGAUACAGUGGAAGAGGCUAGGCAGCUUGUUGGGUCAACUAUACUUGUAAGAGAAGAAGACAGGCCAGUUUUGGAUGAAGGCGAGUUUUAUACUCCUGAUCUUGUUGGUAUGAGAGUUAUUCUCAAGGACACAAAUGAAGCAGUUGGUACUGUCAUUGAUGUCUUCAAUAGCGGUGCUGGUGACCUUUUGCAAGUAAUGCUUAAUCCAUCUGAAGGAAUGGUAGGAACUGGUUUAUCAAAAUCAGAAACUGGUAUUUCUGGGCGCCUUGUUUGGGUCCCAUUUGUUGAAGCAAUUGUUCCUGAUGUUGAUAUGACUAGAAGAGAAAUGCAUAUUACACCUCCAAAGGGGCUUCUGGAGUUGAAUUUACGUUCUGAUAUGAGGUCCAAGAAAGAAAGGCGCAAGCUGGAAUGGAAACAAAGAAAGAAGUUCCAACAGCGCCUCAUAGCAGCAAAGAAGAAACUCUGUGAAAUGGAACAGAAACAUCUGUUUGAAGGGUUUAGAUUUGGAGAGAAAGAACAGAGGAGCAUGCUAGCGGAUCAGAUUGUGACUGUAAAUUCCAGCCUCCUCCAACUUGCAUUGCAGAAUACUCAAAUGCACACUGAGAGAUGGGAUUUAUCGAACUUCAUCAGUGCUAAGCAAUUGAAAAGGCCUUUCAGUAUAUCAAAGGAAUGCCUCACACCUAGGGGGAGCAAAGAGAAGCUGGAUAGAAACCAUGAGUUACAACGAGCAGGAGUUCGUCUCUUGUCUGAAGGAAAACAUGCAGUUGUUGUAGUAGUGAGUGGCAGUAACAGUCAGGAAGAUGGAUCCAUACCCAAAAAUGUUGAUUCUGAAAGUGAAGAGAAUUCAUCAAAUGCCUCCCUUCUUCAGGAAUUACUUCAUGAUGAUGAAAGAUUUGCAAAGAUAAAAGAAGAGCAUGUCUCAGUACCUCUAGUUAUUGUUUCUCCAUCUCAAGAAAUCCAAUCAUUGAAAAAGCCUUUUCUGGAUCAUGAUUAUUUUUCUCUUGACAGUGAAAAGGUCUGGUUUCUAGAGGAAGAGAGGUUACCGAUUCUUAGCAGUUCAUCUGAGGAGAAAAAGAGACACAAAAUUUUGCUGAAAUCACCAUGGGAGAUACUCCAAUCACCAGUUGGAUCUGGUGGAGUUUUCAGCUUACUCUCAUCCCACAACAUUCUAGAGAAUUUCAGUGAAAUGGGUGUGGAGUAUGUGCAGGUUUGCAGCUUGGUUCAGCAAUCUGUUCUUGGUCAUCCUUUAUUUUUUGGGCUUGUUGAUUCCUGCAAAGCAGAUAUAGGUAUCAGAAUCUUCAACAGCGGCAAAGAUGGUAGAGAAGAUUUCGACAUGAUAUUCUCCAUGAGGUUUCUGGAGAAGAUUACAAGACAAUUGGAUAAACUCCAGUUCUAUACUGUAGCAAAACAAAAUUCACAUGUUGAGAAGGUGGAGAAGGAAUGGGUUGAUAUCGUGCCUGACUCUCCUAAUUCAUAUGAAUUUCAUUGUUCUAUAUAUAGCUCCUUGAAUGCUUGCUCUGCUGAUAAAAUAUGCCUAAUGGAGCUUACUGAUUGAUUUAUUGACCUAAAAAACGAACUGAGUUGUAUAGCACUUCCCUUCUGUGAGCUGAUCCUUGUGCAACUCUGCUCUGUAUAGGGUUUGUAUAUUUGUAGACUUGUAAUAAGAGACAAAUUCUCUUAGAUUUUUAAAGGAUGUUUUCCUUGAUAAAUAUUACUAUGCAUAUGGCAAAUCAAUAUUAUUUGA